AUGUGUGUUUUGCGUCAUUCAUUAGACAUUUUUAAAAAUUGUUUCAUCAACAUAGACACGUUAGAUUUUGGGAAGAGCUUUACUGAUUCAGAUUUACAAGAAAUCCUUGCCUAUUUAAAUAUUUUGGAUUCGGUUUGUCCUUCUAGAAUUACGUUAGAAUUACAUCAUUCAAUUCAUCAAACUCCAGUUCAUUUACGGUAUCAAAUCUGUCAGGUAAAAAAAACAAAAAAAAUUUUCCUGGUACUUCUCCCUAACCAUAUUUCCUCGGUUAAUUCCCCCUUCAAAUGCCCUUCUACACGUUCAAAUUACAAAACGUGAAUAAUUCCCCAUACGGAUUAGUUGAAAUAUUAAUUCCCCAGGGAACCGGACUGGGCCGAGACUGAAGUGAGGUUACCGGAAUGAGCUAUAAGGGUGAUGAGGGGGGGGGGGGAGGGUUGUGGCAGGGUACCCGACCCUUUUACGACCUUUAGGGGACAUUUGCCCCUUUUUGCCUUCUUCGCCCCCUUUUCCCCUUUUCUUCAAUGUCACCUUUUUGCUCCCUUUUUGGCCGAUUUCUCCCCCUUUUUUGUGAGGCCAUGCCCCCUUUUGGUGGUUUGGAAAGGGUCGUCACCCUGGGUGUGGUAUAACAGAAUUUUUUUGAAAAAUUCCCACCCAUUUUCAGGAAUUAU